CAGCUGAUUUACCCCACGUGACUUGGACUUUACGGAAAAGAAAACCUACCAUGGCAGGAUCUGAGUCGUCAAGUAAAUUGCGUACUAUCAUGGCCUUUAUUGCUCUUUUAUUUGCCCUGUUAUCUACUGGACAUUGCAGCAGUCAAGUACCACUUGUAAUGUGGUCCAGUGAAGGGUACACCUUGCCACCCAUGGCAUCUCCAGCUGCUGGUCACAUAAUAUCUAAUGACCAGCUGGUGUCCUACCUAAAUUCUGCUCUGGGGUCUGCCCCACACAACGUGCUUCUCUUCCUACAGGACAAGCUGAGCAAAGAUGACUUCACAAGGUAUGGGGGCGUUUUUGGAAACAAUCAUGAGAGUGCCUUUCCCAACCUGGAGUCUGCAUUACAGUCUUCCUCUUCACCAUUGGUGCUGCCUGCCCUGUCAUGGCUUGGUGCUAGUGCAGUCCCAGGUCUGCUACAGGAGAAGCUGGGUGUCUCCCCACUCAGCGUAGACCCAGACACACUGGCGCAUCUCCGACUCAAUGCAUCAGACAACACUCUGCUGCUUAUCAUACUGCCCUAUUCUACUGGUGCUUAUCUGUCCUGUAAGGAAGUCCUGCGUAGCAAUGAUGAGGUCAUUGGUAAAGUUCUGAGCAUCAUGAAAGCCCAGGGUGUUCCCUACACUGCUAUUUACACUGGACUCAAGCCCUCACGAGUGAUUGAGGAGCCAUCCAUGGUUGGCCAGUCUUCUAUGGGCCGGUCCUUGCUGCAGGCGGUUGUUGAUGAGGUCAAACCUCCUUUGAUGUUUAACACUACUAGUGGCCCUUGCAUCAUGCUCUGGGCCCAGAAUCUCAACGUCAGCUUUAAUAACCUGGAAUGGAUUGACCUCGGUCCAUUGACCUUUGCUCCAGGUGGCUCUGUGAGUACGGCUGAGUCCUUCUGUAAUGAAACAAAUUCACGGCUUGUCCUUGAUUAUGGAAGUUCUGUUCCAACAUACAAUCUCUUCCGUCUCAUCUUCUCCAUGAGCCAGCGGCGCUACCCCGUGUCUGCACGAAACUGGUUCACCCUGGACACAGUGGAACUGCUAUUCAAUGCCGAUACAGCCAUCUACAAUGGCAGCCGGGGCAUCUACGCCCCCGCAGAGUACUCCUUCCACUGCCAGAAUGUCAACAACUUCCGUAAUGCACUGCUUGUGCCCCGCACUCAGAAUGCUACCCAGUGGAGGAUUCUCUUCACUGACUUCCAGAUCCAAGGCUUCAGUAUACUGAACAGGACAACAGAUUUCUCCUAUGCCAGUGACUGUGCUGGCUUCUUCACACCAGGGAUCUGGAUGGGCCUGAUCACCUCUCUGCUGAUGCUGCUAAUCCUCACCUACGGCAUGCACAUGAUCAUGCAGCUACGCUCCAUGGACCGCUUUGACGACCCUAAAGGCCCCUCAAUCUCAGUGCCUCAGUCGGAGUAAUGAAGACAAGAGAACGCCCCUGAGCCCGGUCCCAGAUCCGUUUGUGCUGUCUUGCCUACCCCUAUGGUCAUUGUCGUGUGACAUUGACCAUGUGAGUUGGCAAGACGACACAAACAGAUCUGGAACCAGGCUAACCCCUCCACUCCCCUAACUUAUGUUCCCUCCACAUUGAUUUGCUCAUGAGUUAUUUGAUAUGUUCUAUUGUCAUUUGCCUACUUACUUAUUUUAGCCACCUCCACCCUGUUCUCUGAUUCUCAGCAUUGAGCAUUCCCAUCCUCUUAGCAUUUGUCAAAUCACAUUGUAUUCGUCACAUUGUUCGUAAACAACAGUGAAAUGCUUUCUUAUGGGCCCUUCCCAACAAUGCAGAGAGAAAUAAUAACGGAAUAAAUACACGAGUAAUGAUAACCUGGGUACCAGUACUGAGUAGAUAAGCAGGGGUAUGAAGUAAAUGUGUACAUAUAGGUAGGGAUAAAAUGACUAGGCAACAGGAUAGAUAGUCAACAUUAGCAGCAGCUUAUGUGAUCAGUCAUAUGAGUUAGUGCAAAAAGGGUCAAUGCAGAUAGGCCAGGUAGCUGUUGGUUCCAAACGUGGUACGUCGGUAACGCUUGCCGUGCUGUAGCAGAGAGAACAGUCUAUGACUUGGGUAGUUGGAGACGGACAAUUUUUAGGGCCUUCCCCUGACACGGCCUGUGUUCCUUUGACACCAUCCAUGUGUUUCUAUGUCUGUGUUACCCUUUUAUCUUGCAAUGCGGUACAUUCCAUAGCCUCUCUUCAUCUGCACUUGCCCAAAGGAAACUGCAUGAUGUACUGUCAAUACUUCUCUUUUGCCUUGAUAAAUUCUCAGAUCACGCAUGUUUCAAUGAGUGCCAAUUAAGGGGUUUGUUUGUACAAGUAAUACUGCUAAUUGUCAGAGAGAAGCUUUUGUUGUCAAUUUAAUUAAUGUGACUGUAGCAUGUUGUGGGACUGAUUUAGUUGUAUUUCACUUGCUUUGUAAGUUUCUCAGCUGUGUAAUUUAAAAAUCUAACAAUAAUAAUGAAAGAAUUGCAUGUACAUAUGAAGUUGAACGUAUGUGUGCAGACUUAUGCUAUUGACAAAGCCCUACCCUAAAUAUUGCUGUUGGGAAUGCCAGUGGGAUGAAUUGGAGAUCACACAAUGCUGUGCAAAUUGUUUUGUAUAACUUUGUUCCAAAAAGACAACAAUGCAACAAUACACAACAAUGCUGGCCUGUUUUUUAUUAUUAUUGAUAAGUGUAAAGUUAUGCUGAAAUUACAUGAAAUGUCAAAACUAUCAGGGACCCUCAUGCCCCUACACAUAUAGUACCAAAUGUAUACUCAAAUCCAAUGCUUUGCCAUCUUGAAGCAACUCAUGUAAUUUAUUAAGAAUAGAAAAUGUGCCUCUUAAACACUAUCAGUAAAGUCAAAAGGCCCAGGAGAG